GUUCUUCCAUGGUUGGGGACUGGAGGACCUCAAUUCCUCACUCCGCCAGUUGACACGGUGGCUGCAACGUCACCGAAUCUAAAUUAUCACCAAACAGCCUGGGGUAAUUCCUAGACAGAAUAGCGCUGAAGUGCUCAAUUGUUCAGUGAGCCAAUAACCUAGCAAUGGAAGAUCAUUGGUGGAUAUUCUGUCGAAAACUUGGUUUAACUAAGGUGAAUAGAACUUACAUCAUCAUAUCAAGAAGUCUGAAAUGAGGGAGAUAUCAACAUGAAGUCAAGGGUUGCCCGAUUGUCCCGAUUUCAGCUCACACAGUUGUAUCAAGAGACCGAAACGUGAUAAUGUGGCUGGCUCUUCAUUUUUCUGGUUAGAUGGCACAGUGAGGGGGAUUUGCAAGAGCAGGGAAGCUCCCGUCAAUUGAAGCAUCUAGGGAUGCCCUUAUUCCUGCAUCAGGGCCUGGAUACAUGAAGCUCUGCCAUCAUACAUUCGGGCGACUAGACGCUUGAACAAGUGCCCCAUGAGCAUUUAAAGUGUGGACAGCAGCCUAAUUAAGUUGACGUCAGACCUUCCCAAUGCGGUAGUAAUGAAUAGUUAUACGCGUUCAUUUCCACGUGACAGCGCAGGCGCGACCGCGCGUUAAUUUUGUUGCCGCCAUCAUAUUAUAUUACUGGAGGUCUUUACUAGGAGCAGCAGCGUGCUCUUGCGUAUGAACCCACCAGCUGUGAACAACGAUCUUUAGGCACCUUUCCGUCAUUUUUGUAUGCGCCCAGCCCUCCAAAGUGAGGGCAUAGCAAAACAAACGCAUAUGACCUUCACCUCAGUCCAGAAAGCUUUCUCAUCAUGCCUCCGUCAGCACAGCCAGCUAGAAAACGCAAUGUCAAAAGACAAACCCGCUUAACUUUCACUCCUUUGGCAACUUCCUCUCCCGGGGGUGGUGAGCGAAGUCCUGGGAGUGACAGAGUCGCAACCAUGCGAUAUAAAAACGGCUUCAGUUCUCCUAGUUCGAGCAGUCCGAUUAAGCGAAAGAAAGAGCCGAUUUCGAAACUUUUCCUAUCAAGCGAACGAGAGGACAUAUCAUCAGAUGAAGAAUCCAUUCGCGCGCCUUCUUCGAGCCGUAGGCAACUGAAGCGAUUGGUUGUCGAAGAUCUUGAUGAAGAUGAAGAUGAUGGGGAAGAGUCUGAAGAUAUUAUCUACUCAUCUCCUGCAAAACGAAGGAGGCUAAAUUUGCAAUCUAAAGCUUCAAAAGAUGAGACUCCGCGUAACCGUGCUGAGCGAGAUAAACUAGAUCUAGAAGAGGAUCUAGAAGACCUUCGCGAUUCGGCCACGACGAAGACAAGAACUCGAGGGAGAAUAGCGGAUAAAGCUAGGCUAAAGCGGCAAACCCAGCUGGAGGCCCUAAAGCGUCGAAGAGGGGGAAAUCGCGAAGUCGGAUCUAUGAAGUCAUCGGGAGAAGAAUCCAACGCAGAACAAAAUGAAAAUUCAUCGUCAUCGGAAGAUGAGGGGGAUGAGGAGGAAGAGGAGGAUGCAUGGAUUAAUCUAGAUGAGGACAGUGACAUCGAACCACAUCUACCAGAGGACCUUGACAAAUAUGAAGAUGAUUUCGUCGACCAAGACGAGGAUGGAACAUUAGGUGCUCCAGAUGAACUCAAUGACAUCCCCUUCGAAUUUACAAGACAUCGAUACAAGCGUUUAAGAGACCAUUUCAAGGACGUCGUUGAGUGGAUGGUGCAUAACAAACUAAACCCUGCCUUUCCCCGUGACGAUGUUGUCUAUCCCGUCGCGUUCAGCAAAGUAAAUGACGAGGUAAUGGGUCUAGCGGGGUCACAACUUAUCUCUUCAGCCUGGAACAGAGACUUUAGAAAGGCUCUUGAAGCUAGACCACGCAUCGAUAUCUCGCUAUAUCCCAUUUCGAUGGGCCACUCAUGCGACGCUUGCAAUAAGACGAAUCACCCCGCUUCGUUUGAUAUCAAAUUUGAUGGAAAGCCCUACCUCUUUGAGACACUGGAACCUAUAUCUGAUGAUGAUGAUGACGAUGAUGACGAGAACGACAGUGAUGAGCAAAACGACGAUGAGAGCGGUGAUCGCGAACGUGGGAAUAUUGAUCGCGAAGGCAACAAGAUCCCAGAUGCAAACGCGCAUUUUUACUUGGGAAGGCACUGCAAAACCAAAGCCCAGAUGGCCCACACGCUCAUCCAUUGGCGCUACGAUCUCAACGAAUGGGUCAUAGACUACCUGCGACGCAAGGGUAUAUUUUCCGACACUAAGGUCCUAGAACGCGAGCACUGGAGCCAAAAACGACGCUCAAAGUAUGCCAACCAGGUCGUGGAUGAUAUGGAAGAAGGUGGGGAAAUUAACCGUCUGUGGAGGGAUUUCAAUACAAAUUUGAAGGCAGCGAGAGAGGCGAAGGAAUCUCGAUGGUGAAUAUCUGUUUCGUGCUUGAUUUUCCACGUAUUUUUUCAUCAACGUACCUGUGGAGCCUCUACGCAAACCAAGUUAAAACAUGAGCCAGUCAAUCUAAAGUCAACAGAAUUCAGCUUUAGAGGAUUCGGUCUCCUUCUCUCAGAUGAACCAUUUUGUGCAAUGUUGGAAGCACUUCAUUUCAUUCCACUCAAUCAAUCAACCAAUCAAUCAAUCAACUCAGUCAAAUACUCAGAGGCAAAUCUAUCUUAGUAAACAUGCCUCUAUGCAUACCGCGUACAAUCGAAAUGUGUAAUGGUUUAAAAUGAGCAUCAAAAUGCCCUUACUUACUAUAUUGAAUUGACUGUGUAAACGGCCCGGUGGACCUGUGAAUUGCCUUUUUGAAACUAGUUUUGCUUGUUUAGGUUGGGUUGGCGCCUCAAUUUCAUUUCCAUUUUUCCAUUUUUUCAUUCUCCUCUUUUUCAUUUUUUCCAUUUUUUUCCAUUUUUUUCCAUUGUUUUU